AUGCCAGGGGAAUGUCGUCGGUGGAUUAACGCAGCACAGGAAUCCAGCGCACCCCUGAUCCGUUUACUGGUGUCAUCCAAGGCUGGAAGCCUCUCCACAGAAAAUGACAGUUUUGGUGAAGAAGACACCGCCGAGAGACUUGCAGCCCUGCAGCUCACCGCAUCUUUGUGCGGUCUCCAGCCCGGCGGCCCUUCAAUUAGCUGGCCUACUGCGACCUAUGAACAGGUCACCGUUGUCGUUUGUGGGAAGGCCAACGCUGCUACUGGCUAUAAGGCGCUUGCAGCAAAUGCCGCAAAGCUGGGAUUCAAACUUGGAGACGUCAAAUCGACCGUGGUUGUGGCACCCAUGCAAUACGAGGACCUGCAGAGGACAGCAGAGGCAGCCGUGAGCCAGGCGCUGCGUUUGCAAGGCUGGAACAGGCGAGUACAGUACACAUCCGCGAACUGA